AUGUGUUCAACGUUCUGCCCUAACUAUAACAGCAUUGAAUCGAAACCAAUCGUUGUGCGCGUUGGGCAUGCCAAGCAAGAAUUCUUUGUCCACGAGAGGCUGCUCCGCGCAAGCUCUGAGUUCUUUGACAUGGCGCUUAAGAAAGAAUGGAAGGAAGGACAAGAGGCUGCUGUCGACUCGUCAGAUGCGAAGCCAGAGCACUUUAGGGGUUGGGUCAAGUUUCUCUACAUUAAUCGGGUGUAUUUGAGAGAAGAGAAAGCCGACAAUAAAUCUGAGAAGAAGCGGACGUCCUCUAGAGAGAUUGCCAUAUGA